AUGUACUUUGCCCAGACCCUCGCCAUUGUCGCCCUUGCCCUCUUCGGCAUCGAGGCUUGCAAAACCGGAGAGUUUAGCUGCGGUAACCGGGGUGGUGCUCCCGGUCCGGAUGGUGCCAUCUAUGUCUGCAACGCGUCUGGCCGCUGGCAGUUUAGCGCCCAGUGUGGUGGCCGUACCUGCUGCCAGGGCGGUGGCAGCAACGUCCACUGUGUCUGCUAG